AUGACGACCGAAAAGUUUCAUAAGCUCCCGUUAUCAAUUCUUCAUUAUCCUGGGGAUAUUUAUGACAUAGAUUUUUCGUCCACAAAUGCGGUUGGAUUUGGAUACGAUUCUAAAUCUAGAGAUUUCAAAGUGGUUAGGGUUGUAGAAUUUGGGAGCCAAUAUGGAGAAACUAAUCUCCCGGCUAGAGUCGAAAUUUACGAUUUAAGGAAAGAAAGAUGGAGGGAAAUUGAAUCCACUGUUUGUGGGCGUGUAACGAGGGCACCUACUCCUCAGAUGCAUCAUAAAGGAACAUAUUAUUGGUGGGCAUACAAAGAAGGAAAAACUAAUAUUCUACACACGUUCGACAUGAGCAAAGAAGUUUUUGGCGAAAUUCCAAUACCGAACGAUGUAGUGAAUGAGCGUAUGGAGUAUAUAAGUAUGGGGACGUUGAAUGGAUCAAUUGUUAUAUUUCACUACUCAAAAACAGGGAAUGAAAAAACGUUCUCGGUUUGGGAGAUGGAGAAAGAUGUCGUCUCAUGGUCAAAACUAAUGACAAUUGGUCCUGUUUUUGGAGUCGAGAAGCCAUUGUUGUUUGUUAAUUCAGAUGAACUUUUAAUGGAAGCCAACGAAGGACGGUUUAGUUCAAUACUGAACGAUGUAGCGAAGGAGCAUAUAAGUAAAGACUUGAGUUACUAUAAACUUCCUCUUACUGACAGGUUUUCUAGGGCCGAGUCUUUUGGACACGGAAUGCGUUCUAAGUUGUUGUGA